CUCAUACAGUAAACACUCAACUCAUUGUUUACAGUCGGACAGUGACACAGCACCCAGCAGCAUCUGCUUAUAUUACAAGUUUGUAAAGUUGUAAAGGAAUUAAUUUAACCGCUGUACUUUUUACUUAUCACUAUAAGUGCUCGCUAAUAUUCGUUCAUAUCAGCAUUAGUUCAACGAUAUUAAAAGUUUUGUGCGCUAACGCCUGUUACUGGUCGCUAGCUAAUCGGCUAACUUCUGGUGAAUGGGACUCAGCUAAAAUUACGGAAGUUACCUUUAAAGUUACCUCUUUCUUUCAACAUGGAUGAGGCCGGCCCUUAUCCAGUCAAACUAUACAUCUACGACAUGUCCAAAGGCAUGGCCCGCCAGCUGAGUCCUCUCAUGCUAGGCAAACAGGUUGAUGGGAUAUGGCACACUGCUAUUGUGGUCCAUGGAAAUGAAUAUUUCUUUGUUGGAGAAGGCAUCAACAGCUGCCCACCUGGUGGCACCCCCUUAGGUGAACCUGACUCUGUCGUUGACCUGGGCUUCACUGAAGUGCCUACAGAGAUAUUCAUGGAACAUCUGACAUCACUAGCAGAGUCCUCCUACAGAAAAGACACAUACAACUUGUUUGAGCACAACUGCAACACAUUCAGCAAUGAGGUGGCACAGUUCCUUACAGGUAGAAAGAUACCGUCGUACAUCACAGACCUGCCGUCUGAAGUACUGUCCACGCCGUUUGGCCAGGCGCUCCGCCCCUUACUGGACUCCAUCGUUAUCAAUCCUGGAGGCAACAACAUCACUGGACAGCGUUAGAGAGUGGGAGGACAAAAAAGGAAAGCAAUAACAAAACAAAAGGCUUCUAUACAGUAAGAGGGAGAGAUUUAUUCCCAUUACUAACCAUCAUCUACAUCCUCAUUCUGAUUUAAGUUUAGUUUCGAUCCAGUAUCACUGAUUCAUUACACAUCUUUGGAUUUCUGUUUCAAAUAUUUUUCUUAUUAUUAUUAAGGUGCUUUAUUAUUAUUACUACAGUUGCCUUUAAGUAGUUUAAAUAUAAAAUGAUGGAAUGUUUAAAAGACCACAUGGGUUUAUUAUUAACAGUAUCAUAUAUUCUUAAUACAGGUAUUUAAAGAGUAAGCUCUAAACAAAUGGAGCCUGAAUUAUACCUUUUUAAUGUUAUCAUUAUGGCCUUCCCCCUCCCUUCCACGUCAGCCCAGUGCCCCCACAUGUUUACCCUGCACACUGGGGCUUUAUUCAUUUAAAGUGAUACAUACCUUUCAUACAUCCAAGGUUUUGUGUAAUCCUCUCAAUCACAAAACAGUAGUUCAAACGUUAAAUAGAUUGUAUCCAAGAUUCUCAUCGAGGAGCAUGUAAUGAACACGUAAUAUAGGAAUGUGUUUUUUGUAAUACAGGACCAAUCAUCUGUACAUGUUUCAGUUGCCUUACAUUUAGAGUUUGUGUACUUAUAUGAUUGAGACAGGCAGGGUUUAUGCCAAAAGCCACUUACCUUCAUUAACACAUGGGCAUUAAGACAACCACUCUUAAUAGCGUUUAAUCUUUGUUAAAUCUUGGCUUCAAUAAAAACAUGAGUUUGUUUGACUUAAAGUACUGCCUUUCCUAUUCUCUAUAUACAUGUGUGUAUUGGCACACAUAUUACACCUGUUGUAAAUGUAAAAAUGCAUUAGUAGGAAGGGGAGGGAUUCUACUGUUAACAGGGCUUAAAGAUAAUCUGACAAUCUGCACUUUGUGUCUGAAAAGUUUACAUUAAAAUAUCCUUUAUAUCCUGAG